UAUAAUAGUAAUCAUUGAUUGUUCAAUUUGAAAUAAUGCGUUCAUUAAAAGAAAAAUUGGAGGAUGUUCUGAAAGAUGAACAGCGCGAUCAAAGUCUACUGAGCAGCAGAACUGCUGAAGAAUUUCCUGUCAACAGCGCUGUAGCGUUUUCAUUGCGGAAUUUGGGUGUUCACAAUCUUUCACACAUUCAAGUCAAAAUGUUGACUGGUUUAUUGAUCCAAAAAAAAAACAUGGUUGUUGUCGAUGAGGCAGGUGGUGGAAAAACUUUUGGUGCAAUCAUCGCGAUCCUCAGUCGAAUCGAUGCAAAUCGAAUGAAUCCACAGGCAUUGUUUGUAUGUGCCACAUAUGAGGCGGCUCUUCAAGUGGCGGCCAAAAUGUUAGCACUCGCUGUGCGAAGUCAGAUUAAUAUCACGACACUCAUGGCAAACAAGAACGUGCAAAUUGGUCAAAAAGCUGAUGGCCAUAUAAUCGUGGGUACACCAAAAGAAAUCGUAUCUUUUUCCAUCAUGCGCAAUUUCAACAUUGAGGAUAUCGAAUGCAUCAUCAUCGAUGACGUAGAUAUCGUCAACACGUCUGAUCUUUUUCGAUCCCAUGUCAUGGGUAAAUUGGAUAGAUCGGCAUUAAAAAUGUUUAUUGCUUCACAAAUCCACACAGCUGCACCAUACGGUAAUGAUAUGGAAAUCGUUCCAGAAUAUGGUACACGCAACAUAACGGAAACGUUUUUGAACUGUGCAGACAUUGUACAAAAAAUAAAAGCAAUUGUGACCGCUUAUACUGUACUUGUCAAAUACAAAUCACAGGGCAUCAUUUUCUUUCGAACACGCGAAAACCUGGACCUUGUAGCCUCGGUUUUGACAUUGAAAAAAUGUGCAGUUUCAAUGCUUCACAGCAAAAUGACGUUCGAAGAUCGUGAUUUGGCAAUAAGAAAGUUCGGCUGGGGUCAAUCAACUCUUCUGUUGACCACAAAUGUUUUGGCUCGUUCAGUUAGCUUCGAAGCGGCCCGAUUGGUGAUCAAUUUUGAUAUUCCCGAUAACGGUCUUGCUCAUACUUUCGAUGGAAAAAGCUAUCACUACAGAAUUGGUAGAUCUUCUCGAUUCGGACAACGCGGGCUGGCCAUAAGCUUUGUAAGCGGAGACGAUCAACAGAUAUUCAACAAUCUAUUGGCGCAACACCCAGACCUUUCGGAAAUAUACAAUGUAUAA